CCUCCGUCUUCCGUUCCACGCGGCCCUCUAACACUCCCUGCAGUAGUAGCAGAACUUCCCGUCCCCUCCUACUAAAUGCUACGUAGAAGGACUUUGGUCUAGCCAAACGGCCAUUUCCAUCCUCCACUAGACUAUGGUGCGGCCAUGGGUUAAGGCCUUAUCAUUGAUGGCCAUUAUUCGUCCUGCCAUGUCCGGAUCUUCUGUCCUCGUGUCGGGUUCUUUCCAAAUGAUUAUAUGUCCUACCUGGGUCGCUGUUUCUUCCAUUUUUAUGCAUUGUAGGGCUGUAUCGACAUCCACAAUCACAAUCACAUCUCCCAACCAAUAGCCUUCAACAAGAUAACCUCCCCUGAGGCGCUCGUCGGUCUACCAUGACGUACAACGACAGCAGUUCGGAUCUGGAGAAGCAGCCCGUCAAAGCUGGUGACAAUGAUACCACCCCGACGGCAACCGCCAGGCACACGACAACUUCGUUUGCCGACAACACAGGUGCUGUGCCUGGUGAGAGCUUCGAGUAUGGCAACUCUGUGUAUGCAAGGCUACAGCGCUUCGCCGGCCGCUUCAAUGUCGAGCAACGUGGCAUCGAGCGCGUGCCCGAGGACGAGCGGACGGAUGAUAAAUACGGUCUCCUAAACGCUGGGACAAUGUGGCUAUCCGCAAACAUGGUGGUAUCCUCGUUCGCUAUCGGCGUGCUAGGCAAGUCGCUGUUCUACCUAGGCUUCGUUGACGCCAUCCUCGUCGUGCUCUUCUUCAACCUGCUCGGCACCCUGCCCGUGUGCUUCUUCUCGACCUUCGGCCCGCACUUUGGCCUGCGCCAGAUGGUGCUGUCGCGCUUCUGGUUCGGCUGGUAUGGCGUCAAGCUCAUCGCCGUCUUCAACGUGCUCGCCUGUAUUGGCUGGUCGUCCGUGAACGCCAUCGUCGGCGCACAACUGCUCCACUCCGUCAACACCUCCGUGCCCGGUUGGGCCGGCAUCGUGAUCAUCGCACUGCUCACCCUCGCCAUCACCGUCUUCGGCUACAAGAUCGUGCACGCCUACGAGUUCUGGUCGUGGAUCCCCACAUUCGUCGUCUUCCUCAUCGUGCUAGGCGUCUUCGCGCGCUCCGGCGACUUCGUAAACCUCCCCAUGGCCGUCGGCACCAGCGAACUCGGCGGCGUGUUAUCGUUCGGAUCCGUCGUAUUCGGAUUUAGCACCGGGUGGAGUUCUGUGUCGGCUGAUUAUACUGUCUAUCAUUCAGCGGCUCGCUCCAAACCCGCCCUCUUCCUCGCCACAUGGCUCGGCCUCAUCGUCCCCUUGCUCUUCACCGAAACGCUCGGCGUCGCAAUCAUGACCGCCACAUCCCUGAACAUCUCGCCAAACGCCUACGCAACAGGCUACUCGUCCGCCGUCCUGCUCCCGCUCGGUACCUUCGGCCGCUUCUGCCUCGUCAUGCUCGCCCUGUCCAUCGUCGCAAACAACUGCCCAAAUAUCUACAGCAUCGGGCUCACCGUGCAGGUCCUCAGCCGCCGCACACAGGCCGUGCCGCGCUACGUCUGGACCGUCGCCGGCUCCGCGGUCUACAUCGCCAUCGCAAUCCCCGGCUACACCCACUUCGAGACCGUGCUGGAGAACUUUAUGAACUUCAUCGGCUACUGGCUUGCUAUCUAUGAGGCUGUCGCACUGGUCGAGCAUUUCGUAUUCAGGCGCGGCUUUGCUGGGUAUGACGUUACGUGCUAUGAUUGCCCGGAGAGGCUGCCACCAGGAUUAGCGGCCAUCGGUGCGUUUGGGUGCGGCAUUGCCGGCAUGGUGUUGGGGAUGUCGCAGGUAUGGUUCGUGGGGCCGGUAGCACUGCAUGCUGGCGAGGCGCCGUAUGGAGGCGAUGUUGGAUUCGAGCUUGGCUUUGCGUUUGCAGCGACGGCGUAUAUGGUAUUGCGCCCUGUUGAGUUGCGGUAUUUUAGGCGGUAGAUGGUGGUUGUUUCGAGUUGGGCUGUGUGUCAGUUUGUGGUGGUCUACAGACAUAUAUACCCCUUUUUCUGGAUGCGAACGAAACUGGUGUGUGCUGGGACUUACUUGUUGGAGUAAUAUACGACUUGUAAGGACUGAUGAACCUGUUAAGUCUAGCACGGCGCAAUACGCAAAUCUUACAAUACUCAGCCCG